AUGAGGUCGGUGGUGAAAAUACGGGCAAUAAUCGGAGAGCUAGCGCUACACGGAUCCCAUAAUAAAGUACAAAGCAGUAUAAGUUCCUCUGCAGAUGUACUCAUUAUCCACUGGACUUUGGAACCCAACUGCCCCUCUCAUCUUUCAAGGAGAAUUGUGCUUUUAUGCUGUUCAUCAAAGCAGAAAAAGAAGAAGAAAAGAACAAGAGAAACUGUCAAGUUCCCAAUCUCUAAUGAAUCACCAUUUUCAUCUGCAGCCCUGACAGUUGUUGAAAAGCAAAAGCAGGAGCGGAGGGAAAACCCCCCUUUGAGUCUAAAACUCUUUCUCUGCGUUAGCAACACCAUCCGUGCAAACAGUGUGGAUCAGCCUUUCAACAUGCAAAAUGGACGGAGGUGUCUUGGCUGGACUCCCAUCGAUCUCCAGUCCCUGGUCCUGGCCAGCUGCCCCAGUGAAGGGGUUCAUGAACCAGGGAGUGCACGCUCUAGUGCCAGGUCUCUCUGCCAGCUGUGGGUGACCUGCCCACCUCUGUCCUCUCCGGUGGCUGCUGAGGAUGGCCCUGGGGCACAAGCCUGCCUUGGGUGCAGGCUGGAGGGUGGAGCACAAGUCCUGCAAGCCCUGAACCUAUCCUCUUGACAAGGCAGCAACAGGGAGACGCAUCUGGGCCUUUUGUUUUCUCUCUUCUGCUAAUUGACAUGGACUGGGCUCCAUUUCUUUGGCUUCAUUUGCAAAGGUCUUCGGGAUUAAGGAUCCCAUAUAAAUGGAAAUUAUCUUUUCCAUUUAUGAAAGGAAAAAGCACAAGUGUGUAUAAGAUGAUGAGAAAUGAUUCACAAAGGCUUUUGGUAUUCAUCUGUCCUUUUCACUGGUUGUGCAUAAUAGAUUACAAGCAGGGACAAUGCAAGUGUCCUGUUGGCACUGUUGCAGAUCCAUGCCUAUACUGCUCCUGGAUUAUUCCCAUAGUUCUCUAACUAGCCACUCCAUCUUCAGUCUGUCUCCACUAUGACACUUUGACAUGCACAACAGGAUACUACUAUAUUCCUGGAUAAAGGCAGUCAAUCAGUGAAUAAAUCAAUCAAUGCAGGGAUGGUGAGGAGGUGGAACAACUAGCAACUACAACUUUAUAGACUGCUGAUAGGAAUAAGAAUUGGGACAGGCCCUGGAGAGAUGUUUAGCAUUAUCUACUGAAGUUGAAUAUCAGCAUACUCUUUGACUCAGCAUGUAUG